AGGGCGUAUUUUUUUAGGUUAAAAUUAUGUUUUAUUCGCAACCAUCGCAACUCCUUGCAAUUUUAAAAAUUUAAUUUUUUACCUGUAAUAUAUUUAAUAAAUUUAUCAAUGUAUUGUUAAAUUCAUGAAGGAAGUUGCUUCCAUAUCCAGGAAUUCAGAUUUUAGGGGUUUAAUUAAGGAUUCCACUCCUUUUAAAAUCUCAGGAUAUACUUCUGAUGAUUUGGGUUCAUGUCUUGAAGAAUGGAAACCAGACCGUUUGAAGUCCAUUCUGAGCGACAGAAGAGUUUCAGUUCAUGUUUCAACUGACCCAAACCUGAAUUUUGUCUCUAAAAAUUUCAAAUAUGAGUACAUGACCUUUUCAGAGAUGUUUUGUCGGAUUCAAGAAUCUCAAAAGUGUUUAAAUGGAGACCGAGAGUAUCUAUAUUACAGAUCAUUGGGUGAAAGACCGAGAAAGGACCCAUCAAACCUUUCUUCAGUUCAUCCUUAUUUGGAAGAGACUUUCAAGAUACCACCUGAAAUCACACAAAUCCUCAAUGGCUCUUCAACGCAUAUCCACUCGACAGUUUUUAGGAUAUCGCAGCCUGGAGUAGAACUCUGGACCCAUUACGAUGCCAUGGACAACUUUCUGUUCCAAAUUCAUGGCAGUAAACUUGUUAUUUUGUUCCCUCCAUCUACUUUACAUAAGUUGUCAAUAACGGACACCUCUUCACCUUACAGGAAUAUUUGUAAACUCGAUAUGGAAUGUGCAAAUUCUGAGCUUCUAUCUGCCUAUAAGGUUGCUUACAAAACAGUUUUGAACCCGGGGGACGUUUUGUUCAUACCUGCAGCAUGGUCUCAUGGUGUACACUCGCUAUUUCCAGAAGAUGAUUCUGAGGAUAUUAAAACGUGUAUUUCAGUAAACUUGUUCUUCUCUGACGGUCAAGUUGAGUACUCAAGUAAAAACGUAUAUGGUAAUGAGGAUCCAGCACCCAUGAAGAGAGCCUGUGACUUACUCCAAAAGGAUUUUUUAAACCUUUCGCUUCAGUUACCAGUUCAUCUACAGAAAGCCUUCUGGAGUAAAGUCGCCUCAAUUUCACUUCAAUUUUUAAAUAACCUGUAAUUUAAAGUUUAAUUUAA